CCCCUCUGUGCAGCGGGGCGCCUGGCUUUUCCCCGGGGUCCCUGCAGGUGUCGCUGUCCGGUUUGCAGGGCUCUGGCUGCGGGAUGAGUUGCUCACUCCAGGCCGGGGAUUGACAGGCCGGGCGGGCAGGACUGGAGGAGGAGGGGCGGGCAGACACAGAGAGGCAGCCAGCGAGCGAGAAGCCGCAAUCCAGCCAGCGCCGCCUCUGCCUUUUCAAUCCGCAGCCAUCCGGCUCCCCGAGCCCCCAUCUCCCCUCCGCACUCGGCUCCCCAGGCAGACCCGGCUCCCGACAACCACCACAGGCAGAUCAGAAGCGGCGCACAGAAAUUUCCUUACUAGAUGACAUUUCAUCGCAAUGUCCGAUCGUUUGGGGCAAAUAACCAAGGGAAAGGAUGGGAAAAGCAAGUACUCGACUCUCAGCCUGUUUGAUAAGUAUAAAGGAAAGUCAAUAGAAGCUAUCAGAACUACAGUUAUUCCUAGACAUGGCUUACAGAGUCUUGGGAAAGUUGCUGCUGCCCGGCGCAUGCCACCUCCUGCAAACUUGCCAAGCUUGAAGUCUGAGAACAAAGGAAACGACCCCAACAUCAUUAUAGUACCCAAGGACGGUACAGGAUGGGCAAACAAGCAGGAUCAGCCAGACCAAAAGAGUUCCAGUGUGACGGCUGCACAGCCGCAGGAGUCGCUGCCGCAGCAGGGUUUGCAGAAAUCUGUCUCCAAUUUACAGAAGCCGACACAGUCAAUCAGUCAAGAGAGUACAAAUUCAGUGCCAGGUGGACCAAAGUCAUGGGCACAGCUGAAUGGAAAGCCAGCAGGACAAGAAGGUGGUUCAAGGGCCUCAAGCCGACUGUUAUCCUUCUCUCCCGAGGAAUUUCCGACGCUGAAAGCAGCUGGCGAGCAGGACAAGGUUGGCAAAGAAAAGGGCGCCUUAGAUCUGUCGUAUGGGCCAGGACCAAGCCUCCGCCCCCAGAAUGUCACAAGUUGGAGGGAGGGCGGUGGGAGGAACAUUACCUCUGCCACAUCUCUGACCGCCUCCCCUCCUGAGCCGGGCAGCAAGACCUCUAGCGCAGGAGAUGGAGCCCCCUCCUCAGCGAGUGCCAGCGAUUCUAAGGAGCCCUCUCUCCGCCCGGCUCAGCCUAUCCGUAAAGGGGCUUCGCAGUUCAUGGGAAAUGCGUAUCAUCCGCCUACGUACCAUGACAUGCUACCUGCUUUUAUGUGUCCACAGCAGUCAUCUGAGGUCCCUGGAUCACUGGACCGUGGGUCUUACCCCCUUCCUCAGCUUCGGCUUGAGCCCCGUGUCCCUUUCAGACAAUAUCAGAUGAAUGACCAAGAUGGAAAAGAGAAUAGACCUGGGGUAUCUCGCCCAGCUCGUCCAGUUCGGCAGCAAGGAGAGCGGGCUCCCCGGCCCACCAUUAUCAAUGCAGAAAACUUGAAGGAGCUGGAUGAACUUGACACUGAUGCAGAUGAUGGUUGGGCAGGCAUACAUGAUGAAGUGGAUUACUCCGAGAAACUGAAGUUCAGCGAAGAUGAGGAAGAGGAAGAAGCUCUUAAAGAUGGAAGACAGAAAUGGAACAGCUGGGACCCCAGAAGGCAGCGACAGCUGUCCCUGAGCUCUGCAGACAGUGCAGAUAUUAAACACACCCUGGAGGAAGGAAAGAACUGGGGUGACCCAGUUGGUUUGUCUCGGUCAGUCCUCAAGGUGCAAGGCCCCCAGCAGCCUUCAAGGAAGCUGAAUGGCUGGACCCCUGCAUCAGAAUAUCAGAAGCCCCCACUGGGAUGUAUUCUCAGACAGCAGUCCUUGGAGGAUAAAGAAGAAAAAGUUCCCCUGAGACAGAAGUUUGUCCACUCUGAGAUCUCGGAAGCUGUCGAGCGAGCCAGGAGGCGACGUGAGGAGGAAGAACGACGAGCCAGAGAGGAACGCCUGGCUGCCUGUGCUGCCAAACUCAAGCAGCUGGAUCAGAAAUGCAGACUGGCUCAGAAAACAGGAGAGACCCAGAAACAUGUGGAGAAUGAAGAUCUGAAACCCCCAAGUGUGGAAAAGAAGGUGGCUCAGGAGAAUGGUCAUACGUUCCGUAGAGCUACUUCUGAAUUUCAUGCACAGGAUGUCUCUGUUGGUUAUCUAGAAGAGGAAACCACAGUCACAACAGUAGCUGCCCAAAGCAGCAGUGAGGAGGAGAUUAGAGAAGUCACAUCCCCAGCACAAGAGUUCAACAAAUACCAGAAAUCACUUCCUCCAAGAUUCCAGAGGCAGCAGCAGCAACAGGAGCAGCUGUAUAAGAUGCAGCACUGGCAGCAACAGCAGGUCUAUCCUCCACCGUCCCAUUCCCAUCCUCAGCGUACAUUCUACCCGCCACACCCUCAGAUGCUUGGCUUUGAUCCUCGCUGGAUGAUGAUGCCGUCUUACAUGGACCCUCGUAUGGCUCAGGGCCGCACCCCUGUGGAUUUUUACCCUUCAACCCUUCAUCCUUCAGGCAUCAUGAAGCCCAUGAUUCAGCAGGACUCCAUCAAUGGGAGUGGCUGUAGGUCUGAAGAGCAGAACUGCCAGCCAUCAAUGCAGCAGGAAAGGAAAGCUGCCUCAAUGGACCCUGCCUCAGUGUGGGGCCAGGAAAGCUACGCAUCACUGCAGAACAAAGGGUACCCAUUACCACAUCAAAAACAGACUGAGAACAUGAGCGUGGAGGGACUGCAUACCAGGAGUGACAGCUCUUACUCUGCCUCAUCUGGAAGGUCAGAGGGCAUAAAUGCCCAGCGAGAUCUCUUUGAGGAGAGAGGGGAGGAGUACUUAAACACUUUUGACAAGAAGGCCCAAGCUGACUUUGACAGCAGUAUAUCUUCUCAAAGAAUAGGCCAGGAUCUUUUAUUUCAGCACCAGGAGGCCGUGCAGGAUGCAUGCAUUUCUGGCACCCGCCAUGCAAGCUUACGGUGUUCUCCCCUGGAGUCUGACUUUAUACAAGCUGAUAAAAAACCUGAGUAUAAUGGUUGGGACAUCAACCACGAUCAGAAAUCCUUGGAGGCUGCAGCAGAGGCGGAUGAAGAAGUGCCCAGGGACGAGCAGUCAUUUAGUGCUGACCCAUGGAAGAAAGAAGGUGCUGCCAGCAAGCAACCUGCUGAAGAGACGGAUUGGGCUCCUGAGAACAGAAACACCAACAAUCAGCACCAGGAGCAAAUGGGGAGGACCCGGAGAUCCGGCCCAAUUAAAAAACCAGUCCUGAAAGCCCUCAAGGUUGAGGAGAAGGAGAAAGAGCAGGAGAAGAUUAAACUAGAAGGAGAAGAGAUCUCCCACCCAGCAAAAGAGAAAGCACCUGUCUAUAAGGUGGAGAAUGAUUCAGAAGAUUCAUCAACCUUGCUAAACUCCACUCAUUACCUGCUGGAUGAAAAGGGUUCUUCCCAAGCCAGCUUCUCCCAAGAUGCUGAGAAAUCUCAGGAGGAGGAGGAGGAGGAGGAAGAGGAGGAGAAGACUGAAAGGGCAUGGGAGAAUAAGCUUUCCAGAGAGUCUAAUGACCUCCCUCCCACAAAAAGAAACAACUGGAUCUUUAUCGAUGAGGAGCAAGCCUUUGGUGGGAGAGGCCAAGGCCGAGGGAGAGGCAGAGGCUUUAGAGAGUUCACUUUCAGAGGCCGUGGCACUGCCGUUGGUGGCAGGGGCGUCUAUAACAACCAAAGAAGCAGCAGAGGGCGGGGCCUGCGGGAGUUCAAUCAGCCGGAAGACUUCCCGAGGGGCAAGCCCAGGCGUAGGAUUGCUAGCGAGACACAUAGUGAAGGUUCUGAGUACGAGGAGCUCCCCAAGCGACGCCGGCAGAGGGGUUCUGAAAACAGCAAUGAAAGCUCUCUCCUAGAGAGGGAGGAGAGCGACCUGAAGAAGGGAGACUUCAAAGAUUCUUGGCGGUCCAAUAAAAUCUACUCUGAUGAUCACAGCAGCCUGGAUGCCAAGGUGAGGGCCCCGAGAGCCUUUGGGAGGUCGCUGCCCCCACGACUGAGCAACUCUGGGUACGGGCGAAGAGGCUUCAUGGCAAAGGAGCCUUCCCAGUGGCAGGGCAGAAGCGGGGGAACCACAUGGCAGGAGUAUAGCCACUGCCCUUCAUCAGACACUUUUGGGAUCAGGCGACAGUCUGACAGGGACUAUAUCCAAGAUUCUUACAAGCACGUGGACUCCUUCACUGGCAGGGGUUUUGAGGAGAAUCACAUUGACAACCGAAGGCCCUUGUUCCAGGAGGAUUACACUGCAGAUCAAGAGAACAUAGAAAACAGGCCAUUCAGGAGGCGGCGUCCCCCUCGUCAAGACAAGCCCCCCCGGUUCAGGCGCCUGAGACAAGAGAGAGAAUCUGUCGGCCAGUGGAACCCCGAGGAAGGUGGAACCAGCCUGUUGCCCAGCCAGUGGCCCGGGAGACCCAAGCUGACCACGGUGGAGAAGAACGGUGUCUCUGGCCAGAGGUCUCCUGAGCUGUCCUAUCAGAACUCAUCAGAUCAUGCCAAUGAGGAGUGGGAGACAGCGUCCGAAAGCAGUGACUUCAGUGAGAGGCGGGAGAGGCGUGACGGUGUUUUGGAGAGUGAAGCGCAGCUGGAUGGCAGCCUUGCCAGUGGCAGCUUGGGAGAGAAGAGAGAGUUGGCAAAGAGGAGUUUCUCAAGCCAGAGGCCCCUUGUGGACAGACAGAGCCGUAAGGCUGAACCAGCAGGGUUUGGGGAGCAAUUGGUAAGGGCCGGUGGAGGAGCUGCUUCCCGGUUUGAGAGCCAGCAGAAUGGGAUGCCAAUGAAAAGCAAAAGAUCUCCAGAAGAAGGUGGGGGCCUGGGUAACGCCAAAAGUGGGAGCAGCCACUCUGUUUACAGCUUAGAGAGAUCAUCGCGCACCAGCUCAGAGAGUGCAGAGGGGCCAGGUAAAAAGCAGGAAAAAGAGCCUAAAUCCACAGCCCAGAGACCAAGUGAAAAGGGAGAGACCAUGUCACAGUUCGAGUUGAAUUAUGGAAAUGCCAUCAUUGACAAUCGGGUUUCAAGCACAGCAGAGGAGAAUGAAGUGGGCUCUAUCGUAGGAGAAGGCUUCAUUGAGGUCCUCACUAAGAAGCAACGCCGCUUGCUGGAAGAGGAACGUAGGAAGAAAGAACAAGCUGCCCAGGGACCAACCAAAGGACGUGUCCUUCAGUCUCGUAUCCCGCCUCGAUUUGCAAAGAAGCAGAACAGUAUGUGCCUGGAGCAAGGCGAUGUAACUGUAUCCGGAAGCAGCCUGGGCACAGAGAUCUGGGAGAGCAAUAGUCCAGCCCUCUCUGUUCAGUCACCUGGCAGCGAUUCCUGGAGUAAGCCUGUAAAUGCCUUUAAUGGCACUGAAUCCAGCUCCACUGAGGGUUUUAAAGGCAGCCAGGGGGAUAGUGGCAUUGACUUGAGUGCGGAGUCUCGGGAAUCUUCCGCUACCUCCUCUCAGCGCAGUUCUCCAUAUGGCACCCUCAAACCAGAGGAGAUGAAUGGGGCUGGCCUGGUGGACCCAAAACCUGACUGCCAGAAGGAGCAAGUUCAGAAGCAAUCUGAUAAAAAGGAUUCAGAUCAAGGCUCAGGACAGAACAAGGAACACAAGCCCGGACCAAUCGGCAAUGAACGCUCCCUGAAAAACAGAAAGGGUUCGGAGGGAACGGAACGGCUGGAAGGGAAUAUCCCCCCUGUUAAUGGGGUGGAAAUUCACGUGGACUCAGUUCUUCCUGUGCCACCCAUUGAAUUUGGAGUAAAUCCUAAAGACUCUGACUUUAGUCUGCCACCUGGCUCUGUCUCAAGUACUGCGGCUAACCCUGUCGCCAAACUGCAGGAUGCCUUGGCCGGUAAUGCAGGGUUAACGCAGUCCAUUCCCAUUCUGCGAAGAGAUCACCAUCUCCAGCGGUGCAUCGGCCUGAACCCAAUGUCUUUCCCCACUGCAGACCUCACUCUUAAGAUGGAGUCUGCACGGAAGGCUUGGGAGAAUUCCCCUAGUUUACCAGAACAGAACUCUCCAGGAGGUGCUGGCUCAGGCAUCCAGCCUCCUUCCAGUGUCGGCGCUUCCAGUGGUGUCAGCUACAGCUCUUUUGGCGGUGUUUCUAUGCCUCCUAUGCCUGUGGCGUCUGUAGCACCUUCUGCAUCUAUUCCAGGUAACCACAUCCCACCCCUGUAUCUGGAUGGCCAUGUGUUUGCGAGUCAGCCACGCCUGGUCCCUCAGACGAUACCUCAGCAGCAGAGCUACCAACAGGCUGCUGCUGCUCAGCAGAUUCCGAUUUCCCUUCACACAUCUUUACAGGCCCAAGCUCAGCUUGGGCUGAGAGGAGGCCUGCCUGUCUCCCAGUCCCAAGAGAUCUACAGCUCCAUACAGCCCUUCAGGUCUCCGGUGUACAUGCACCCCAGUCUGUCCCAGCCCAGUACCAUGGUCCUGACGGGAGGUGCUGCUCUGAAGCCCCCAUAUUCUGCCUUCCCAGGCAUGCAGCCCUUGGAGAUGGUAAAAACACAAUCUGGGUCCCCUUAUCAGCCAAUGAGUGGAAGCCAGACACUGGUUUAUGAAGGCCAGAUAAACCAAGCAGCCAGUAUGGGAGCCUCACAGAUGAUGGACUCCCAACUUACACAGCUAACAAUGCCUAUGCCUGGGUCCCAGCUUCCUCUGCCUCGGUAUGGUUCUGGCCAGCAGCCACUGAUUUUACCACAGUCCAUCCAGCUUCCUCAGGGGCAGAAUCUGUCUGUAGGAGCUCCCCGCAGGAUUCUUCCACCUGGAUCUCAGCCUUCUGUCCUCACUACCAGCAGGGAGUCCUCCCAAAUGGAAAUGAAAGGGUUUCACUUCACAGAUGGUAAACAGAACAUGUCCUCCGGAGGAUCUGUACCAUCACCACAUACUUACAGGCCUAGCUCUGCCAGCCCCAGCGGGAAGCCAUCUGGACCAGCAGUCAACAUGGGUUCCGUGCAGGGACACUAUGUACAACAGGCAAAGCAGCGAGUGGAUGAAAAUAAAACCAACCUGGGAGCUGUGAAAUUGCAAGAACCAUCCUCUGCAAACCAGAUGAAGCCGGUGCGCACGGGAGCGAUCAAACCUCAAGCAGUAAAAGUGGAGGAAAGCAAGGCCUAGGAGAGCCUGUGAUCAUCUGCUGUCUCUACUGGCUGAAAGAGGCAUUGCAGUUCAGCCUGUACCCCACUGGAAGUUCUGAAAAUCUGGCCAGAUCCACCACCAAACCAACACUGACUAAAGCAACAUAAUCCGAGCCCCUCUCCCAACAAAGCAGUUUGAAACAGUGGAUAUGACAUUGACCUGCUUGCUCAAAAAACAAACCAACCACCUGCCCCCACGUGACUGUUGAGUGGCUCAAGCCAUUUUUAUUUUCAUACCCCACCCACAGGUAGCCAGGAUAGCUCAUUUGGCAAAGCCCAUCCUUCUCCUUCCCUACUUCUGUGUCAGCAGAAUGGCAACAGGGGGAGAGGGUUAGUUGGAGGUUUUUCAUUUUAAAGGCAGCUGAGGUUUUUACAAAAAAAAAAAAAAAAGCUAUAUCUUUGUUUAUUGCAAAACUUUUAUAUGUUCUCUCAUUUCCCCCUUCUCUCUGCCCCCUCAUUCCUCCCAGAAAAUAACUCCUCAAAUCAAUAUCAUGUUCUGAGACAGAACUGCUUAAUUUUAUAUACAGUUCUGUGCUACAUUGACAAUUAUGACUCUCUUAAAUUGAAUUGUUUGGGUGCUCUCCCCCCAGGAGGUUUAGCCAUCCAGAUUAUUUGAUUAAGAGAAAUACAGGACAGUUAAGGCAUUCAGUAAUUUUUCAGUAUUUUGGUUUUAAGCUAGAAGCAGUGCUUGCUUUAGAAGUAAAUGUGUAACACAGGUAUAUAGUAGAUCAAUGCAUUAAUCUUGAAACUUGCACCACUUAACUGUAGCUUUGGGGUGCCCUGUGCAAAACAAAAUGUGGCAUUUUUGUUUUAAGGAAAGGCACUGAAUUUCUGUUGCAAGCUCAUUUGGAUCUAGUUGUUUUUGUGGGUUGGGUUUUGUUUUGGAGACUGCCAAAUGUACAGCAAAAGGUAAAUCAUGGAUUUACAAAAUGUAAAAUCUGUUAAUGAAUCUCCACACCUUGCAUGGGUCAGAAGAGUUGGCUAGAGCCAAUAGGUCUAUUUGGACUACUUUUUGUAGUUGUGAUGCUCUCUCUAUGCUCCACCCUUGGCCGCUCUAAUUCUUGCCUCCUUGCCUCAUGGGGCUGCUCUGUUUCCCCAUGUGCUGGUCUCUGAGCUUCUCUCCCCCUACUUCUCCAGGUCUUGCUCUCUGCUUCUUUCUCAUCAUCACAGCUUUUUGCACAACUCCCAUGGACACAAACCAGUGGGAACCCCAGUCAUUGUACAAAAAUUCAAUUCUUUUUUUUGCAUCAGAAGCAUAUGGUUGCAUAGAGGCAGCUUUGAUUCAUCCCUGUGUUCUCUCCUUCCCCAGACUAACAAGAAGUGGUUCUCUCCUUUUGGUGCAGUUGUAUCCAGUGGGUAUGCACUUCCUCAAAAGAAUUUGGGGGCAUGUUAAAAAAAGGUCCCAAUGGGAAGAGUUUUGGAGGUUGUGUUUUGGUUUUUUUUUGGUUUUUUGUUUUGAUUGGGUGUUGUGUAUCUAUCUAUCUAUCUUACAGGACUGACUUGCCAGUUCCUGAAGGUGCUUGGGUUAGAGCUGAUAUUGGUCUUAAGUAAACUGAACCACCUCCAGCUAACUUGUUUGUACUAUUUAGCUCUUAAAAAACAAAGAAUGGACUCUGUUACUCUGAAAUUAGGGAAGGAGAAUGUCACUUCUCUGGUAGAUGAUAGCUUACUGACUGUACCAUCUACCUAUGCUAGAUGGCAGCAGGUAAAUUGCUGGUGGUUCCAAAGAAGACAUUUUGAACAAAGAAUGUAAUUGGGAAGUCGUCUGAAAGUGUUUUUUCAGAAGAGAAGGUUCUCCACGAUUUUCUAGAGAUGCAUUUGAAGUUUUAAGCUAGGUAUAAAUCAGGUUUUACAAUAACAUUAGAAAGAGUUUAGACACCUGAACUAACUUAGACAUAGUAAUGUCCCCUCAGAGCAUGGUAAAGAACCCUGAAGGGAUUGGGACAGGUUGGUACUUUUAAAAAAAAACAAAAAACAAAAAACAGAACUUUCUUUUUAAUUUUGUGGAUUUUUAACAUUACAGCAGUGUGUCACCAUAUCUCUAGCACUCUACAAAGUACAGACCUUGAGAAUUAACGACACACAGAGCCUUCAGAAAUCUCCUAAACUUGUUUUCUCAUCUGCUAGUCUUCAUUCCUGCUCCCAACAUUUUCCAAAGGCUCCUCCUCCAGUGAGUCAUCCAGCCCCCUUCUAUAUCCCUGUCUCCCUCCCCACCUUCAUCUUGAAAUAUUGUGAGCAAUUGAAUUGGCUAAAAUGUCUUUAUUACAUUGUGGGGCCCUCCCGUCCUCCCUGCCCCCCACAUUCUUUGCCCAGCUGGCCCAAGGUAAUAUCAGACCGGAGUCUAAUGGCUAAAGACUUAUCCAAACCUCUCUUCUCUUUCCUUCCACCCCUAGACACACUAUUUAGUCUUUUCAAAGACUCAGACCUUUUUCCUUCAUCCUAUAAGACCUCUUGAAUGGUCCUAUGUGUUGGAGAAAUCAGGUUAUUGCUAGAUAUGAGAUGUUUCAGUCCCUCUGGUGUAAAUGCCAUCAGAACUAUAGUACUUCCUGUUGAAAAAGGUCAUCCCUCUUUCUCCUUUACCCCCUUCAUCCCCAAACAGAAUAAAACACUAAAAUUUAUUUAUAUGUAUUUGAUGUUGUAGGUCUAGGUGAAAAAGUAAAUGUUUCACUGCUCUAUUUAUAUAUUAUGUCUGAAUUAUUCUGUGCAGGAAAGGCCAAGAAAUGCAUGAGAGCUUCAUUCCAUUCAUCACCUUUGCGUGACUGUCAGCUGCGGUUUACAAGACUCUUUCACUUAAUGGAUUUUUGUCUGAUGGAAGGCAGUUUUAGAGCCCAAAGUUUUAACUUCUCUGCCAUGUUGUUUGUUAGAGCUAGUACAGGGUUAGUGCAGUCUGUGAUGCUCUUGGAGUCAAAUAAAUGGAACUGUCUCCAGUCAUCAAGGUACAGAAAUGUAAAGGUCUCUGGGCCCUAUACCAAUUCAUCUUUGGGAGGGAGAGGUUGGAGAUGCAUGGAAUGUUGAUGGAUUUAUAGGUCGUUACUUCUACUUGCCAUCUCCACUGCUGAAAUGUGGGGCCCCAUAAUGACUUCUUUGCUGCUGAAAUUUGCUUUAUCUGCAGACUGGCUGCCAAACAGAUACAGUAUGCAGUGGGAGGGAGAGGUGGAAUCCAUACUCUCACAACAGUGGGUUAAGCAGAAGUAUUCAGAGACUGACUGUGUUCUGCAGUUUAACCAAACUGUUUAGCGGAAAGCCUGAAGCAUGUAUGUGGGUAAAUAUUAUCCUAUUGUGCACAGUGAGUACUGGCCUGUCAGCUGCAUUCAGUGCUACCUGCUUUCCUCUGUGUUCAGUCUGCUUUUAGCUCUCAAUUACAAAAAUUAACGUGAGUUUUGAAAAGGAUGCCCUGUACAUUUUAAGUGAAAGGUUAAAUCAGCACAGUCACCAGUGAAGCAGGUGGUGGUGUUGAUCUUUCAUAACUCACUGUUGCCUUUCCCAUUUGACAACUGUACAGCAUUCAGUAACUCUGAAUGUGUUCUCAGCCCAUUGAAUCUCAUAUGUGUUGUGUACAUGCAGAGAGGCGCACCAUUUAACAGAUUUCCGUGCGAGAAUGCUGCAAAGCUACAAGCUGCCCUGUGGUUCAUGUAUAUUUAUAUAGAUAUAUAAAAACAGAGCUUAGCAUUUCUGCUAUGUCUCACUUUUUGGCAGGCUACUAUAUUCACUUGUAAACGAGCACCACUCCAUGCUAAGAACUGUUCUGUUGCAUUAUGUUAUCCUUCUUCUGUUUUGCUCCUGACUGGUUAAGCACAGAUUAAUUUUUUGGAAUGUCAGCUAUUUUUGGCAGACAGCCCCCAGUUUCCUUGUAUGAAAGAUUUCUCUUAUGAGUAAUAAUUAUAUUUACAAUAACAAGCAGAAUCCUUGUAAUGUAGUUGUGGCCCAAUAUUAAGAGAUGAACGGUUACUAAAGCAAUGGAACUACUGGCUGUGUGAAGAGGCAGAGCCGUCCAACUAUGUAUUUUUGGAUUUUUUUUUUUUUAAAUCCAAAGGCCCCCAAGACAUCCCAAGUGGCAUAGAGAAUCUCUUGGAUUUAACGAUCUGUCCCUAGCACCUCAAGAUGUCUGCAGGCAAUAGCUAACCGGUAGUUCUGGGAAUCACAGCAGCAGCCGUGGAGGCACUCACUCUUUAGCAUGUCAAGGCAUUGUCCUUAUUUGGAAUCCUUUCUCUGGUUCUGUAUCAACUGCAUUCAUUGUUUCUAAAGGGGAUAUUGUACUCCUUAAAGCUUAUAACCUCAUGACCUGUGUAGUAAAAUUUUUUUGGCCUUUCCUCUUUGUCUUUUCAUGUAGACCAGAUAUUUGAAAGGGCAGACGAUGGAUAAAUGUGUAAUGUGCAACCUGUUUAUAUUUUUUGGAAACUUUAACUUGGACCAGAACUCAAAUCACGAAAUCACCAGGCCAGUGGUGGCACACUCUUUAUUGCCCUUUUUCCUUCUUUUCCAUACCUUUUGUUUCUCCUUUCAAAUAUGUGAUUGUAUUAGCUCUUUCCAUAUGAAAGAAUUCUCCUUAUUUAAAUAAAAAAGUUAAAAAAAAAAAAUAAAGCAGAUUAUGCUUUUCUCAAA